UAUAAAUAAACCAAAUUACACCCUAAAAAUCCUAAUCAAAAUCAAGCAAACAUGAGCAAAUCAGUCUUUGUUGUUGUCUGUAUCAGUUUAUUGGUUGUUCUAACCCCGACUCUAAAUGCUAAAAUGGUGAGUUACCCAAAUGGUGAUAGACAUUGUGCGAUGGCGCAAGGCCAAGUGAUAAGUGCAUGCUUGCAACUAGUCAACGGACUACAACAUGCGGAUUGUUGCUAUGCUAUAAACGAUGUAAACAGACACGCAGAGACACAAGAAGCUCGUAUAUGGCUUUGCAAAUGUUUCCAAGAAGUUGUUAAGUUGUCUCAAUUUCCAAAACUUAUUGGUAUGCCUGAAAAAUGUGACAUUCCUAACGCUGUGCCUUUUGAUCCCAAAACGGAUUGUGCAAGUAUUAUAAAGGUCUGAAGCGAAGAUGAAGUCACAAGAAAAUUAAUUAUAGCGAUCAAUGUACUUCAUUUUUUUUUUUGGUCACCAUAACAUGUUCCCGAACAAAUAAGCAUAUGUUUUUAACUAGCAGUGUUAGAACAUAAGUUUAUCGAAAUUAUAUAAAGAUGUGUUGAAAGAGCACAUAUGAUAUAUGGAAAAAAUUUCCAACUA